AUGCUUCAAUCUGUGAAUCGUAGCAACGUCCGGCGGUGGAUCCCAGAUGCACCGGAGGAGCUCUUUCGCAUUCCCUAUGAAGCCGCUGAAUCUGAUGCCAUUCGCACUCCGACUGAUCUGGGGGUCGGCACUGGUCGGCCGUGCUUCCUGCGUGCUGUUUCGGGCUGGAAGUGUGCCAUGUUGAUCAACACGCUAACCAUCCACAGAUAUGCCUUGAUUUAUCACAAUGGCGGCAUCUACAUGGACACGGACUUCUUAGCCAUCGACAUGUCCUCAAUCAUUGAUCGGAUUCCGGAUCAUGACAUCAUCGGCUACACCGCGGAGUACCAAAGCUUUCACAAGGGCCAGUUCCUUGACGACUUCUGUGAGCGGUUUAGUUCCAACUUCCUCGCUGGGAAGAAGGGCAGCAAGGUGAUGGGAGCGAUUUGGAAGGCUCAGAAAGAGCCACUGGGACGGACGCGGAUCGGAGAGGCGUAUGCAGAAGCAUUGCGCCACUUAUGCUACGACGAUCCGACGCGGCUCUGCUCGGUGCGCUGGGCUGGGCUGGGCGAAGGCAUCUCGCACCCCGCGGUGAAGCAGUUGAUUCACAGCAAUGUCUCCUUCAAGAGCUAUAUGUUUUCGGGUGACGAAAGCUUUGUUCCGGAUGGAUUGGUGGAAGUUCUCAAAAAGAAGAUGAGCACCACUGACGCCCUGAACUACUGGAAGCGGCGUAAGGUCCAAAAGCCGCUGUCCAGAAAGUUGUAUCAUUUGUUCAACUCUCAAGGCUUUGCUGAUGGAUAUUCCUGUGUGGAUUUGACCAACGACACCAGCUCUGUGGCGGGUGAGCUCUACAAGCGCAGCAAGGUGCAACGGCGUGUGGCGCCGCACGGACGUCACAGCAAGAAAUGUGCGAACGAUGGCAGCCUCUGUAAAUGCUCUGGAAUGGUCUUCUAUGGUCGACGAUGCCUGGUGUGA